CGCGCAUACCUCGACAGCGACAAAAUAACGCUGGAAGUCAACUAGAAAUCACGACACAAUGACAGCACCCACCAAUCCCAUGAAGGAGCUGAGGAUUGACAAGCUCGUCAUCAACAUUUGUGUUGGCGAGUCUGGUGAUCGUCUCACUCGUGCAUCCAAAGUCCUCGAACAGCUCACCGGUCAAACACCCGUCACCUCGAAAGCUCGCUACACCGUUCGUACAUUUGGUAUCCGUCGUAACGAGAAGAUUGCUGUCCACGUCACCAUCCGUGGGCCUAAGGCAGAGGAGAUUCUUGAGCGUGGUCUCAAAGUGAAGGAGUAUGAGCUACGUCGGAAGAACUUCUCAGAGACCGGUAACUUCGGUUUCGGUAUCCAGGAGCACAUCGAUCUCGGUGCGAGAUACGAUCCUGGAAUCGGUAUUUUUGGAAUGGAUUUCUACGUCGUGAUGGGUCGCCCUGGUGCACGUGUUGCCAGAAGAAAGGAGAGACGGGCACGUAUUGGAUUCCAACACCGAGUGAGGAGGGAUGACACCAUGGCUUGGUUCAAGCAGCGGUUCGACGGUAUUAUUUUGAAAUAAUCAUUGUCGUCACUCUGCUCCAUUUCCUGAGCGGCAGGCAUCAGGGAUAGUCUACAUAUGCUUUUCAUAUUGUCGCUGUCGAGGCGAGUUCAACUCAAGGUUAACUACGCUUACUACGAAAAUGACCGAACUCGUUUUAACUCCCCAAUCGGAAUUGAAUCGAGUUACAUAUGCAUAUGACUUAUGACAUGCAUUUAAAACCUGUCAAGUCGUAUUCAGUUGUUCGAUAGGCUGCAUCCAGAAGACUUAUUGAAGCUAGUCAGCGCUUCCAGCAAUGAAUACUCUAGAUAUCUAUCAUUGGCAUAUAGUUGUCAAUCCGA